CAGAGCCGGCGGCGGUCCCGGUAGCGAACGGGAGCGGGAGCCAUGCCGGGUCUGCUGCUGGGCGACGAGGCGCCGAACUUUGAGGCGGAGACCACGCAGGGCCGCAUCCGCUUCCACGACUUCCUGGGAGACUCAUGGGGCAUUCUCUUCUCCCACCCACGGGACUUCACACCCGUCUGCACCACAGAGCUUGGCCGGGCAGCGAAGCUGGCGCCUGAGUUCAGCAAGCGCAAUGUGAAGAUGAUCGCGCUCUCCAUUGACAGUGUCCAAGACCACCUCUCCUGGAGCAAGGACAUCAACGCAUACAAUGGGGAACAACCCGAGGAGAAACUCCCCUUCCCCAUCAUUGCUGAUGCGAACCGGGAGCUUGCUGUCAAGCUGGGCAUGCUGGACCCAGAUGAGCGGGACAAGGAUGGCAUGCCCCUGACGGCUCGCGUGGUGUUUGUUUUUGGCCCGGAUAAGAAGCUGAAACUCUCCAUCCUGUACCCAGCCACCACUGGGAGAAACUUUGAUGAGAUCCUGAGAGUGGUGGACUCCCUGCAGCUGACGGCGUACAAGAAGGUCGCUACCCCUGUGGACUGGAAGCCUGGUGACAGCGUCAUGGUUGUGCCCACCUUACCUGACGAGGAAGCCAAGAAGCUCUUUCCCAAAGGAGUCUUCACGAAGGACCUCCCAUCGGGCAAGAAGUACCUGCGUUACACCCCGCAGCCGGAGUGAAUGGGUCUGCCCAUCCAUCCUGCCGGGCUGCAGGUCGUUCCACAUCAGGAGCCUUCCCUGUGCCCAGCUCUGGCCUCCCUGGCGGCAUGUGAUCAGCAGCCUCAUACCAUCACCCUGAUGGUGCAUCGCAAUACUAAACCAAUCCUCCCCAUCCCUUUCAUCCCCCACUUCCCCUCAAAACUAAAACCCUGGGUGUUUUCUUGCCUUGAAUCAGCCCCACAAGGAAGCAGUUAGCAGACCAGUCAGGGCUCCCAGGCUUGCACUGUGGAGUCUCUCCUGUUCGGCUCUUCCUAGAGGCAGAGUGAGAGGUGUGGUGUCAGCAGCCAGGCCCCAGAGGGGUGUCUUGGUGGGCUCACACGCCUCCCAUCAGGGAGCUUCAGGGGCUCCAAACUGCUGCGUGCCUUUUGGAGCAGCCAUCACUAACGCAUUAACACCUUUGUCUGGUCUCGUGCGUGGGGAGGAGCUGCAGAGCCAAAUCUCUCACUUCUUAACUGCUUUCUCAUCUCUUGCUGGAAGUUGUUUUCAGGUUUUAUGGAAGAGGGAAUAGAGCAAAUAAACUGAUCUUCAGUACUACUUGCAGUAUCCCUCGUCUGCCUCUGCUGGCGUCCACGGCACCCUGCAUGAUUUACUUUGUUCCCUGUGGCUGUGCAGCUGGGAUGUGUGCCCAUGCUCCUGGGUGGGUGGCAGUGGCACAGAGCGACCCCGUUCUUGCUCCGUAAAUAAGGCACUUUGGAAACAUAGGGCACAUCAUCUCAAAAUAGGGCAGUUCUGCUGCCCCUGCUUUGCAGCAGAGCCUCAAUGGUGGGAAGGAGGCCAUGUCUGCUCAGAGAACAUCCCUCAGCAUGGCCUGCCAUUAGCUGCAGUGUCGGGAGUCCUACCCUGCUUCCCAGGGCACAAGCGGGCAUGAUACAAGCGAUGCAAACUCCCCCCUGCUCCUCUGCACCUACAUCUUGGGGAUCUGUCAGGAGAUGAGCGAUGCUUUAAUAUAACACUAGGAAAGAAACCAGCUUACCGAAUAGCUCAUAGGCUGCCUGCCAGCAUCUCUUGGUGCCCAGCACAAUCAGCAACACUCAAAACGAGCAGCUGUUAAAGAAAUUGGCUGGCUCGGCACAAAUGCACCCCACAGCAAGCAGGGACUAGUAGGGUUGAUGUUCGUGGUAGGCAAUGCACUGGAUGCAAUGAGCUACCCUCCAGCAUCCUGCAGGGCCUAAGCCUAGAGCAGCACCCACACUCACCUGGGAUGUGGCCCAUCGGUCCUCGGACAAUGUCCAGAGCCACUGGCUUCUCCCAGCACCCAUCAUUGUCCUCCUUCACCCCAGUGUGCAGGCCAGGACUCCCUGCUGAGGACAUCUCUCCCCAAACACGGCUGCAUUUCAGAGACCUCCCUCUUUUGUUAUCAAAAAAAAAUGUAUAUAUUAAUAUUUAAUUGCCUCCAGGAACUAUACAGUGAGUAUUUGUAUUUUUCCCCAAAUGACUUUUAAAUGAACCUUCGUUAUGAAAUUCUGCAUUAUCCCCAUGUAUUAUUUUUACUAUAAGAAAAACCCUGGUCUCUGGGUUGACUCUUGUUCCCUUCUUUCACUCUACAAGAAGUGGGAGGGAGAUCUGCAGUUUCAAAGGGGAACCAUCCCUUUUCUGUGUAGUUUUUUCAGCCUUAUCAAGGUUGGCAGCUUCCCUAGUUCCCCACAGCUGGGCUGCAUGAACUCCUGGGUUUCUUGCCAGUCCCUCAGCACAAAGCCCUGGCCUUGAUCUGGUUUCCUAAGGGAAAAAAGGGCUGUCUGCCCCUCCACAAGCUUUCCAGCCAACUGCCCAAUUUUCUGGAAGCUUGAGGACACAGCCCCACAGCAAGCUUUGUGCAAACAGGCUGCUCUGAGCAUCCCCGAGGAAGGGGCACAGCAGGACAAGCACAACCUCUCCGGGACACCAGAGAAGCCACUUGCAAGUCAGGACAAGGGGAAACGACUCCCAUCACCAGACCCAGGGCUUAAAGCCAGCAGGGGCAGCUGCUGGUCCUGCCACUGAGCCAGGCAGGGGCUGACGGCUGAAAGCCCAUGAAUAUCUUCUUGCUCCCCCACACCACCACGGCCCCAGAGGUGCAAGCCAGCCAGACGGACUCAAGCAAACACAGGGUUUGGUUCCAGUACAGCUCAAGUGGUUUUCUUUUAAUCCCAGAGAAGUGAAAUGCAACAUCUGUUUGAGUUGGUAAUAACAUCCAGAGACAGAAGUCCAAGCCCCCUACUCAGUAAAGUCAUUUGUGUUUAAGGCACUCUGCAAAACCAGCUUUCCUCUUCUCCUUCCGAUUUUCCCCACGUGGCAGCAGAAUACCUGGUUUGGUCUUUUCUCCAUAGCAACACCCACACGUCCUGGCUCUUCUCACCAUCUCCGGAAAUUGGCAACAGCAAAUCCAGCAGGAGUGGAACAGAGAAAUGCCAGGAGGCCGGGUCAAUAAAUACGGACGGGCACGGGAGGGAGCACAGCGCCUGGGGAGGGGGCACGGAGGGCUUUGAGCUUCUGCGGGAAGGGGACAGGCACCGGGUGUCCUCCCUGCAGGCACCAACAUUAUUCCCCUUCCUUUCUACCCCCCAGCUCCGAAAGGGGAUGGGAGCGCAGGGGCC